AUGGCUCCAUGGCUCCCUCACCUUCGCAGCUCGCUCUCCAAAGGCCGCAGCGCCUGGCUCCCCAGCGGCGAAAGGCUGUCGAAGAUCGCGAUAAUCGACAUGCUCGCCCACAACUGGCAUCUCGGCUUCACCUCCUUCGGAGGCCCAACGGUCCAUUUCCAAAUCUUCCGCGAGCGCUUCGUCCAACAUUACCGCUGGGUAGACGAGCGGACGUACGAGGAGCUGUUCGCCUUGUGCCAGGCACUCAGCGGGCCGGCGAGCACGAAGAUGAUGUACGCAAUCAACGUGAUGAGAUAUGGUCUACCGACGGGCAUAGCAGCGUUCUUCGUCUGGAGCUUACCCAUGGCCAUCGCUGCCUGGGGGCUCGCGUUGGGGGUGAGCAGUAUUAAUAACCGACUCCCCGCGCCAGCAUAUGCCUUGCUCUCUGGACUCAACUCUGCUACAGUGGGUAUCAUUGCGUUGGCCGCGGUUCAGUUGAGUCACAAGGCGAUUACCGACACCAUCACACGCAUCCUCGUCUUCCUCGGCGCCAUAUGCGGUAUGCUGUACAAUGCUUUGUGGUUCUUCCCGGUCCUAAUGGCUGCUGGCGGUUUGACCACGAUUGUCUGGGACUAUAAGGUACUCCCGUCGAUAUGGAGAUUCGUCAGACGGAGGAAGCACGCAAGACCUGAUCCUCCGCGCGAAGAGCAAACCAUUGGUUUACCGACUUCAGAGGGCAUAUCAGCACCAACGCUGCACGCAAGGCCGGCUGCGCAGCCUCGCUCAGACACGUCACCGUCCCGCGCCAUCCUUACAGAAGACUACAAUCACAAUGAGGAGUCCUCACACCCUCAAGCCACCCGCUCAUGGAAGACCGGCUGUUUCAUCAUCGCCGCAUUCUUCUGCACCUUCCUCACCGUCAUGGUCUGUCGGGGCAUCUACAGCAGCCGCAACCGUGGAUUCGACGUCUUUGCCAAUCUCUACCUUGCAGGCACCAUCAUCUUCGGCGGAGGGCCUGUGGUUGUUCCCCUAUUGCGAGAAUACGUGGUAGCACCAGGCUGGGUAUCAUCCCGAGACUUCCUCCUCGGUCUCGCCAUCACGCAAGCCUUCCCGGGUCCCAACUUCAAUUUCGCCGUCUACCUUGGCGCGCUUGCCAUGCAAGGCUCCGGCAUCCCGCCAACCGCCGGCUCGAUCAUCGGGUUCAUUGCCAUUUUCCUGCCUGGAAUCUGGUUGCACACUGGCUUCAUCAGUCUCUGGUCGGUGAUGCGGAGGAUGCGAAUGGUGCGGGCAUGUUUGCGAGGCAUCCAUGCCGCCGCGGUCGGGCUCGUCUUCACAGCCGUGUAUCGACUGUUUGAAAUCGGAUACUUGGAUGCCGAUGUCCAGAAUGGAGGCAGCUUGAGUCGUGACCCGUGGUGGGUCGUCAUUGUCGCCACGAGUUUUGUGGGGGGAAGGUACUUUCACCUCGUCCCACCUUUGGCUGUAAUGCUGGGUGCUGUCAUGGGGUUGAUAUGGUAUGGCGUUACAUCUGCUUAA